AAUACGUGAAUACUCUAUAAAUGGAGAUGAAGAGGUCCCUUCAUUAUAGUUUCUAAAUUAGAUUUUUCGUCCUGACUCCUUAUUUAAACGUAGGUGCGAGUCUCUACUUAAUAGCAAUGGACUAUUUUCUUUCAUCACAUAAAACAGCUAUUGCUGCAAUUUUGGCCGUCUUUCUCUACUCUCUGUUAUUGGCGAUAAUAAGAAAUUUGCUGAGAAAUAGAAGCAAGAAGAAUGCAGCACCAGAAGCGGGUGGGGCAUGGCCUUUGAUUGGUCAUCUACACCUUUUACGCGGCCCAAAACCGCCUCAUAGAGUGUUGAGCAACAUGGCUGAUAAGUAUGGACCGAUCUUCACAGUCAAGAUGGGCGUGCACCAAGCUUUAGUGGUGAGUAAUUGGGAGAUUGCUAAAGAGUGCCUCACUACCCAUGACCAUCUUGCCAAUCGUCCAAAAGCAAUGGCCAUGGAGCUUUUAGGCUACAAGUUUGCUAUGAUUAGCUUCAGCCCAUAUGGCCCCUACUGGCGUCAAGUACGCAAGAUAUUAACACUUGAGGUUCUCUCAAACCAUCGGCUUGAGAAGUUAAAGCAUGUACGGGCAUCCGAGGUGAAGACUUCUUUGAAAGAGUUAUGUGAGCUAUGGAUGCAGAACAAAAGCAGUGAUUCAAACAAGGUGUUGGCGGCGAUGAAAAGAUGGCUUGGGGACAUAACACUUAAUAUUAUUUUAAAGAUAGUUGUAGGAAAGCGCUGCACUUCACAAGAGGGUGAAGUGAGUAAUGCAUGGAAAGAGGAACUAACGAAUUUUUUUGCAUUUAUUGGUAAGUUCGUGGUGUCAGAUGCGCUACCAUUUCUAGGUGGUGGAUAAGGGGGCGAAGAGGUCGAUGAAGAAGACUCCAAAGAAAUAGAGAUUGUUGCUCAAAAAUGGUUAGAAGAGCAUAAGAGGAAGAGACUUUCCAACGAGAAGAAGGAAGAGGAAGAUUUCAUGGACGUGAUGCUGUCCAUUUUGGACAAUGCAGAUGAUGAGUUUCCCGGUCGUGAUGCUGAUACCAUCAACAAAGCUACAUUCCUGUCUCUCAUCUUAGCGGCCACGGACACUACAACAGUUACAUUGACAUGGGCUCUUUCUUUACUUCUCAACAAUCGGCAUGUCCUGAAGAAGGCACAAAAUGAACUGCAUGCAAAGGUUGGUAUAAGAAGGCAAGUAGAGGAAUCAGACAUAAAAAAUUUGGUUUAUCUCCAAGCCAUCCUCAAGGAAAUAAUGCGCCUGUAUCCUGCUGGACCACUCUCAGUUCCACACGAGUCUAUGGAAGACUGCAGCAUCAAUGGGUACCAUAUAGCAGCGGGCACACGUCUUCUUGUUAAUAUUUGGAAGAUUCAUCGUGAUCCACGUGUAUGGUCGGAUCCUAGUAGGUUUCAUCCAGAAAGAUUUCUUACAACCCACAAGGAUAUUGAUGUAAGGGGCCAGAAUUUUGAAUUUAUACCGUUCAGUAGUGGCAGAAGGAUGUGCCGAGGAGUGUCAUUUGCCCUUCAAGUUAUUCAACUUACACUUGCUGCGUUGCUGCAAGGGUUUGAUUUUGAAACUCAAUCAGAUGAACCUAUCGACAUUAGAGAGGGAAUUGGAUUGACCAUGGUGAAAACAGCUCCACUUGAAGUUCUUCUUACUCCACGCCUCCCUCUUCCUUAUAUGGUUAAAUUAUAUUCUGAGAUUUUUAUUUAUAAGCUUAAAUAUUGCUGUACCCAGAAUAUUUUAAAAUGCAUGGAUGAUGUGGCCUUCAUGCAUACUGUUUCAGGCCUAAUUCUAUUUAGUUGGUUUAAUUAUUCGCAAGUUUCCAGGGCUAUUGCGUACAUGACUUAGUUUUCAGAGGCCAUUGUGAAACGGUAAAUUGAUAGCUAAAGCUUAAAUAAUCUUGAGGAUAUAUCAGAUGGGGUACCGGAUUGUAUUUUUUUGGGAAUCUCAACCCGAUCUCCAAUAAUGAGACUGAUGUUCCAUCCCAAGUGUUAUGGUACAUCCAUAUGCUUACUCUGACUUCUUCUGGUGCUAGAUGAUCAAAAGCAUAACAUUCCUAACCCGGGAAACAAAUGAAAGCAAGAAUCCAAAAAUUUGUUGAUGGAAGAGCCGAACAUCUUUCAUUAGAAUUUUGGAGAUGGCAUCAAAGAUCAAGUGAAUUUUCGAUGUUUCGUUCCGGCCGUAGUGAUGGUGUAAGCAGAUAUAUAUGUUUCAAUCGUAAAAGUCUAUUAUAUAUUUCUAGUCAGAUCAGACAAGAAGAAUAGCUUUAGGAGAGCAUUUCAGUUGCGAGGGAGACCAGCUUUAAAAUAAAUUUAUU